AUGAAUGAUAAGAAAUUAGAAGAAGAGGAAGAAAGGAAACAUCAUCGCAUCCUUUCACAAAAAUGGACAGCAUUUAUUGAAAAUACCACUUUGCAUGGUAUAAGGAAUGUUUUACCAUCGCAAAGACCAAAGGUCUCCCGAGUGGUUUGGUCUGUUGUAAUGCUGACCUUUGGCGCAUUUUUUAUUUGCUCCUUUUCUUAUGCAGUGAACAAAUACCUUCAAUAUCAUACUGUCACCUUGAUAACCAAGAAUUACAAACAGAAUAUGUUGUUUCCCGCAGUGAGUAUUUGUCCUGACAAUUUAUUCAGCAGAGGAAAAAUUAUGAUGCAGGACGACGAUCCCUUUUUUGCAGCCCAAGGCCUAAAUAUGAGCGCAUGCGAGGUUACUAGAGAGUUACGUAAGCGGAAGAUGAACAACAUGUCUUGUGGAUUAGCAAUGAUCUGCUGCUGUGCCUUUUUUGGUUAUAAAACAAAUCCAAUUGAUUAUCCCAACUGCACUAAGCAGAGAAGGAGUGCAUUGCAAAAAGUAAUUGAAGAAUCUGAGGUUCUUUUCAACAUGGAAGAGUUCUUCACAGUCUUCAGCCCGGAUCCAGCAGAAAUGCUAUCUCAUUAUUUUGCAUGCGUCUUUCAAUGGAGUGAGAACUGCAGUCAUUCAGAUUUUGAAACCGAAGUGACACAAUAUGGAAUAUGCCAUACUUUUAAUUCUGGCAAAAACAAUCGAUCCAAAGUUUCCUAUAGGGGUGGAGUGAGCAGUGGACUGGCAAUAUUGCUGAAUGUGAGUCANGCGAGGUUACUAGAGAGUUACGUAAGCGGAAGAUGAACAACAUGUCUUGUGGAUUAGCAAUGAUCUGCUGCUGUGCCUUUUUUGGUUAUAAAACAAAUCCAAUUGAUUAUCCCAACUGCACUAAGCAGAGAAGGAGUGCAUUGCAAAAAGUAAUUGAAGAAUCUGAGGUUCUUUUCAACAUGGAAGAGUUCUUCACAGUCUUCAGCCCGGAUCCAGCAGAAAUGCUAUCUCAUUAUUUUGCAUGCGUCUUUCAAUGGAGUGAGAACUGCAGUCAUUCAGAUUUUGAAACCGAAGUGACACAAUAUGGAAUAUGCCAUACUUUUAAUUCUGGCAAAAACAAUCGAUCCAAAGUUUCCUAUAGGGGUGGAGUGAGCAGUGGACUGGCAAUAUUGCUGAAUGUGAGUCAGUCAGAUUACACGCUUGGCCACAAGAUAGCACAAGGGUUCUCCAUAUCGAUCCAUGCCCAGGGAGAAAGCUUCAAUGCCUUUGAUGAGGCAUUUAGUGUAAUGCCAGGGACAUAUGCUACCAUUUCGCUUUCAGAGCAAAGAGUAGGUUUGGUCUAUGUCUUUCUUGAUUUAAUGUUCUAUGCCUUCAGGAGAUUUAACAAAAUAAGAAAAAGUGAUAUCACUUUAAGCUAGAGUCAAAUUUUCGUUUUGGAGAUUUCGUUUCUCACGUGUGCAAAUGCUGUUUAUUUGAAAAUGUUGACAAAGUUGACUUAGAAAGGUUAGGAUGCAGUGACCUUCCCUCCUUAACUUGAAUUGCUUGAAAAGGUUGAGCCUACGUUUAGAAGUUCUGAUUAUUCGUUGGUAACUGGUACUAGCUAUUUUUCCUUUCUUACACCUCAGUUUAUAUCAUUCCUUUUAUUAAGCUAUUUUUAACCAACAUCUUUAUGAAAAUGGUAUCAAAGUUAUCUUUCGGCAAAAAAGGAAUAAUGAGGGUGACCUUUCAAGCUUUUUUUUGUAAAGAGAAAUAAAUGACGCCGCUACUGUCGAUGCUGAUGGUGAUGAUGAUGAUGUUGAUGAUAUCAUGAUUUUCUUUUUCAUUCAAAGUUCGCGCAUCUUGACAGAUAUGGCAAGAAGUGCAAGACAAUGACACUGAAAAGUUUUUCUCGAUAUACUACAGACGGUUGCCUGGAGGAGUGUAACGCUAAACGUUAUAUGGAAUACUGUGGCUGUCGUCCGGCGGGUAUUACU